UUUCUGAAUGACGUCUAAUUUAAGCGACUGCACCGCGCUGGUUUGAGGAGAAACAGUGGAUGUGUUUUGUUGUUCUGCUCUAACACAGACAGCUGGAGAUAUUUGUUAAGGAUUGAAUAGUUUUCAGGGUAGAAAAGCAGCCAUGUUCAGCCCCCGCACCGCGCCGAGCCCCGGCCGCAGGCAGCAGAGCAGGACCGCCGGGAGGAAGAGCUCCGCAGCGGCCACCGGCCUUCUGUUCUCCCCGCGCAGGACGCCUCUGUCGGCCAGGUCCACACCCAGCAGACAUCAGAGCCACACCGCUGCAGAAACCAUCAACUAUGACGUCCAGACGUUUGGUUCGUCUCUGCCUGUCAAAGUGAUGGAGGCCCUGACCAUGGCUGAGGAUGAUGACCACAUCUCAGUGAAGGUGAAUGAGAGCGGCUGGGCCUGGAUGGUUUGUGGAGAAAGACUCAUCAUUUGGAAAAUCUGCCAGACUGCCGUAGCCAAGCUGUCUGUGUGUAAGGAGCUCCAGCUGCCCAGCAGUGACUAUAACUACACAGCUGAGCUCAUCGCUGUCGUGUCCUCCCUGCCGCUGGAGGUGGCUGCAGUUCAGUCGGUCUCUGUCCUGGCUGUGGCUGCAGAAGGAACGGCUCGCUUCUGGCCCAGCCUGGCUCACGAGGGCAACUAUACAGAGUCAGACGUGGAACUGGGUGACCUCUGCAACUUUGUAGUUGCUGUCAGAGGCAGAAGCUUCGUCCUGUCGUCAGUCAGUAACCAGCUGUUGAGAAUAAGUGCAGAUUCUGCGGGAAAGCUGCAGUAUCGAGCUCUGCAGCAGGGUCAGGGGAUGUUGUUUGGCAUCGGACGCCGUGUCUCCAGCCUGUUUGGUAUCCUGUCCUCGCCAACCAACGACACACUGCACAGUGUUCUGUGGGUGGGCCCAACCAGUGGUCUUUACACGCUCACCACCUCCAGCCUGAGUAAGUGGGAGGUGGAUGACGGCUCGGAGCAGCACAUCUUCAGCUGGGACACCCGCAAAGCCUUGACUGAAAGCAUUGUUGAUUCCAUUUGGGGAUCAGAGAGCAACUACGAGGAGCUGAAGGAGAGCGCAAACGUUGCCUACCUGGACCUGAAGUUAAACCAAACCGGCCCAGUGCUUUUGGCUGCAGCCUGGCACCCGUCAGACACUCCCUGUCUGGCCUACUUUUGCCUGAUCAGCCUGCAGGAGUGUGGAGCCACCAUGUCUGAUCAGUUCACUGUAGAGGUGACCAAAUACAGCUGUCCAUUUCAGAGCGAGGAGGCCCUGCGAGCGACACGCUUCGUGUUGCCCUGCUCCUCCAGCUCCACUGCCUUUCUGUACAACGAGGAGCUGGUGUUCGUCUGCUCCACGGGCACCAGCAGAGUGGCUCUGCCAGACGAGAAAAUCACUUUCAGCUCUCCAGGUGAUGGGAUCCGUGGAGGAGGCUGCUGUGCCAACCUGCCCGUGUUUUUCUCCCAGAACAGCGGCCUGGUAGCGGUCGUGGCCAGAGAGAGCGCCUCUAUCCUGCCAGAGACCAUGGAGGACUCGCUGUGCUCGUCGCUGGCUGCUGCCCCUGAGGUUUCUGCCAUGGAGACUGCAAACAGAGCGGAGCCUGUAGCCCAGGAGGACAAGACCAAACUGCUGAAGGCUGCCUUCCUGCAGUUCUGUCGAAAGUGCUGGAUUUCCUCUGACGUCCCUCAUCAUCCUUCACCAGCUGGAGGACAAGAUGAAGGCACACGAUUGCUUCAUGAACUUUCUGCUUCAG